AGCAGGCUGACAGAGAAAUUUUUCAUUUUCUUUCUUGUUUGACUGUAUGCGAACAUCAAACUAAGAAUGGCAAAAAUGAAUCUCUCUUCCUAUAUAUUAAUACUAACUUUUUCUUUGUUUUCUCAAGGUAUUUUACUUUCAGCAUCCAAGUCCAUAAGAAAUUCAGACGAUGACAUGGUAUUUAAUACAUUCAGGUUGGGGAAAGCCUUUCAGAAGGAAGACACUGCAGAAAAAUCAGUUAUUGCUCCUUCCCUGGAAGAAUAUAAAAAUGAUGAGAGCAGUUUCAUGAACGAAGAGGAAAAUAAAAUUUCAAAGAACACAGGCUCCAAACAUAAUUUCUUAAAUCAUGGUCUGCCACUGAAUCUGGCUAUAAAACCUUAUCUUGCACUAAAAGGAUCUGUAGCUUUUCCAGCUGAGAAUGGAGUUCAGAAUACUGAAUCAACACAAGAAAAGAGAGAAAUUGGGGAUGAAGAAAACUCAGCUAAAUUUCCUAUAGGAAGGAGAGAUUUUGACAUGCUCAGAUGUAUGCUGGGAAGAGUCUACCGACCUUGUUGGCAAGUCUGAUACCUGUUGGUCCACAUCAUCUUUUCAGAAGAAAAUAAAAGCAUUUAAUUGCCAAUGGGAGGAGAAGCCCAUACUGCUACUAUAACUUGUGUAUGUUAAAUGUCUGU